GCUCGGCAAACUCGAUGCGCACCGUCAAGGUUUUGGCUCUCAGAUCUUCUGCAGAUAAGUUGCAUGCGGUUCUUAACAUCCUCAGGUGGUUCCCCUGUCUCGAGAGGCUCCAUGUCACUUUUGGUAAACACCAUGAUAUGGAUCAGCAAAAUGAGCCUCAGCAUGACCCACUACAUCCAAUCGAAUGCCUUGAGACCCAUCUAAAAAAAGUGGUGUUUAAGCCAUUCGAGGGCUAUGGGAAACAGGUUGACUUUGCCAGGUUCUUUGUGUUGAAUGCAAAGGUGCUAGACAAAAUUGAAUUUGAAGCAUAUAAUCACUACGGCAUUGAAAUGGUGGGCUAUGAACACAAGCUGCUACAAGUGGAAAACAGAGCCUCUCGGCACGCUCGGUUUGUAUUCAAGACUAUUUCAUCCUGACUGGGUACCAUGUCAAUAAGCAUAUCCAUGAUUGGUCGGUCAGAAGCCGGCCCCUGCCGACAGCCUUAGACAGGGGUAAUGCCUGAAGAUUGAAGUGUCUUGUGCUAAUUUGGUAGAUGGUGUUGAUGCCUGAAGAUUGCACCACCUUCCGUUGUCUGCUCUGUUUCUAGUCUAUGGUUCCUCUGUAAUUCCAGUAACUUAUUGUAUUGAAGUUUGAGUUUACUGAGAUGUAACUCAGUGCCAUCUGUCUUGUACAGUACAAAUUAGCUUCUCCCUCUCUAAAGAAAUAUAAGAUCUUUUAGAUCACUAGCUAGUAAUUGUACUCUUUCCUAGAGCAAGUAAAGCAUUGGAUUUGGCCAAGGACCUGGAAAUAAUGUUGGCUUUG